AUGUCUUAUUUCAAGGGAGUAGAGGUUGCACCUCCCAUUGAAGUUUUCUACAUGAACCAAAUGUUCAUGGAUGAAAAGGAUCCAAAUAAAGUGAACCUCACUAUUGGAGCGUAUCGCACCGAAGAGGGUAAGCCAUGGGUUCUGCCAAUAGUACGAGAAACUGAAAAAAUGAUAGCUGCCGAUGAUACUCUGAACCAUGAGUACUUGCCUGUUCUGGGUUUUGAGCCCUUUACAAAGGCCGCUUGCACCCUUGUGCUUGGAGAGAAUAGUCCAGCAAUCAAGGAGGGAAGGUACACUGGUGUGCAGUGUCUCUCCGGCACUGGUUCUCUCCGAGCGGGAGCUGAAUUCCUGGCUUCCGUUCUUGGCUUGAAGACAGUUUACUUAAGUAAUCCUACGUGGGGUAACCACAAGCUAGUAUUCAAAAAAGCUGGAUUCGAAAAUUUUCGUGGCUAUACUUACUGGGAUACGGUCAACAGAAGAGUGGAUAUAGACAGCAUAAUUUCAGAUCUUGAAAAAGCUCCAGAAAAAUCUGUGGUUGUUCUACACGGUUGUGCGCACAAUCCGACGGGUAUGGAUCCUACACAGGAGCAGUGGAAACGGAUUUGUGAAGUGGUAAAGCAUCGCAAUCUUUUCACCUUCUUUGACAUCGCCUAUCAAGGAUUUGCCUCUGGAAAUCCAGACGCUGAUGCAUGGGCAGUCCGUUAUUUUGUUGAGCAAGGAAUGGAGAUGUUCAUAGCGCAGUCGUUUGCCAAGAACUUUGGAUUGUACAAUGAACGUGUUGGUAAUCUUUGCCUGGUUGUGAGCGACCCUGCCGUUUUAGCUGGAUACAAGUCUCAAAUGUCGCUGGUCAUUAGAGCAAAUUGGUCUAAUCCACCGGUUCAUGGUGCCCGGAUUGUCCACAAAGUGCUGACUACACCAGAGAUGCGAAAGCAGUGGGACGAUGCCAUUCAAACUAUGUCAUCACGAAUAAAAGAAAUGCGAGCCGCGCUCAGAGGUCACUUGGAGGCGCUGAAGACUCCGGGUACAUGGGCUCACAUCACGCAGCAAAUCGGAAUGUUCAGCUACACUGGCCUUAAUGCUGCUCAAGUUGAUUGUCUCGUCAAGAAACACAAAGUGUUUCUGCUAAAAGACGGUCGUAUCAACGUAUGUGGAUUGAAUAUGACGAACGUCGACUAUGUGGCAAAGGCAAUCGACGACGCUGUGAGGAAUGUGCCAUCGAACUUGUAG